UUUGUGGUGUAUCUUUCAUAUAACGGAACAUAUAAACUGACAUAUGCAGAAUUCCUCGCACCAAGAAAGCGAUAUUUAUUUUUGCUUAUUUUGUUCUAUCAGGGAAUGACAGCAUGAAAAGGUGUCAUUUUUCUUUUUCCUGAGUGUCAACUCUGUCUCAAAACUUGUAAUUUUUGAAAUGACAGUUCUUGAAAGGGUGUGAUAUUAAACCAUUUUCACCAACCUAUCAUUUGUCAUCAUUGCCAAAUCACUGUUUGUGACCAAUAUCACUACAGCUUACUUUCGACACUUUCUUUGAUUCUUAUGGCAUAUAUGGGAUAUGAUUACGUUACCCAUGUCAUAAUAUAUUAGUACCUGUUGUAGUGAUUGACCAAUAUGACACAAAUAUGGAGUUAAUGGUCCGGACUCAUCAUUUGUCUAGAUAUAUGAGACACUCUUGUCUAAAAGUUAUUCGCAAUGGACAAAUUUUACACAGGCCAUGGAGACAAGAAAAAAGAGAACUGUUUACAUUGCCAAAUUUCAACAAUAGACGAAAGGAAUAUUCUGAACGAAGACUUCUUGGGCAACUAUUCAAUGGAGCAAAUAUUCACAGUUGUAGCAGAUGUUGAAAGGUAUCCUGAGUUUGUUCCUUGGUGUACAAAGGCCGUUAUAUUUCAUAGGCUGCCAAACCACUUUAAAGCAAAAUUACAGAUUGGUUUUCCUCCACUUAUAGAGCAGUAUACAUCUGUAGUGACUUUAGCUAAGCCACAUUUAGUGAAGUCUGAAUGCACAAAUGGCAAGCUAUUUAAUUUAUUGGAAACAACAUGGCGAUUUAGACCCGGUUUACCAAAUAACGAAAACACUUGUGUACUUGACUUUGCAGUGGCUUUUGAAUUCCGAUCAGCAUUACACUCUCAGCUGUCAACAUUGUUUUUUGAUGAAGUGGUCAAGCAAAUGGUGAAAUCUUUUCUUAAAAGAACAAAAAGUAUCUAUGGACCAGAAUGUAUCAAAAGUCAAAACCCUAAAAUAAUCAAAUAUGUAUCUUGACACAAGUAAUUUUCUAUGCUGAAUGAAUUAAUAUUAAAUAUUUAUUCUAUUAUCACCAAAAUAUGAAAAUGUAUUCAAAAAAACUUCUUUCUGCUGCACUGCUAAUAAGGCUUUUAGUAUAUUUAUAGAAUUGAUCUAAAAACGAGUUUAGUAUAUUGGAAAUUAUAUUGAAACAAUUUUUAGGAGAGCUUUUCAUAUUCAUGCAAUAUCUUGAGAUUAAUAAAUUGCAUUUCUCUCUCUCACACACACACACUAAAUGUGAAAUUCACUUUUGCAUAAAAGAAAGUACACAAUACUGUUAGGCACCAUAGAAUAAUAUUUAUUCAAAGCCAAGUAUAUGUGGGUUGUUACUUGAAGAUUUUAUUCCUGAUCCUCAAGCAAGUGUAAUAUUUAACCCUUUAGCAUUUUCAACCAGUCAUAUCUAGCCAAAAUAUUCUACCUGUUUUAUGUUUAAACCGGCCAGAUAUGGCCUCUCAUACUAACCCUACAAUAUCAUUUUAAAAAUUACCAGCUACCUCGUCAAAAUCUCAAAGCUACAAAAUAAUUCAAAAUGAUAUGAAUUAAUAAGCAUUACUUUUGACAGAAUAAUGUGAAUGCUAAAGGGUUAAAGACUGCUUCUCUAUACACUCAGUUGGGAUUACCAUGUAAUUCUAAAUAACAACUUGGCAGGAAUUAAUAGAUUCUGUAUAUUGGAAUAUAUCAAUGUGCAGAAAAGUAUAAAACAUUCUAUAGGAAGCUUUUACAGAUGAAAUGAAUACAAUAAAAUUUCUCAUGUAAAAUUCUUAAAAUGACCCCGGUGGCAAACCUAUCAAUACACAAGAUUAUAAAAUCUAGUGAAUGGUAAAAAAGAUAAAUGGUAGUAGUCUUUGGUUGUAAGGAGGAUUUUUGAAUUUUGGUUUUAUUUUUUUUACACUAAGGAAGAUAUGUAAAGAAUUUGUGCCAAUGUGAUAAAGUUUAAGCUUUGAGUUGUAAAUAAUUUUGCGUUGUUUGUUUGAUUCUAUUAUCUAUGUAUUUCAGCUGAAAUGGUUGUUAUUUCUUCGUUCUUUCUAUGUAUUUUUUACUUGUUUUGGUUGUUAGACUGCGGCCAUGCUUGGGCACUACCUUGGAGAAUUUUUUAGUCAAAUGAAUCAACUCCAGUGCCUUUUAUUAAGCCUGGUACUUAUUCUGUUGGUGUAAACAUACCAUCACCAGUUGUCAGGUGGUGGUUGGGGACAAACAAAGACACACACACGUAGAUAUAUUUAUAUAUGAAAGGCUUCUUUCAGUUUCUGUCUACGAAAUCCACUCACAGGAUUUUGGUCCGCCUGAGGAUAUAGUAGAAGACACUUGCCCAAGGUGUCAUGCAGUGGAACUGAACCCGGAACUAUGUGGUUGAGAAGCAAGCUUCUUUCCUACACAGCCACAUCUGUGCCCAUGUAUGGGUAAGGUUUCUUCAUAAUCAUGUCUUCAUAAUCUUUAGAAAUUUUGAAAGCAAUUGUUUUUAUUUUCAUUUGUAAGUCGGUGGGACUCAGUGAUGGCAAUAAGGGUAUGUAGGAGGACAAUGUUCUGUACUUUACAGCUGGGUGUGAUGGUACCCAUUCAGUUUACAGUGCCCAUUCUCCCACCUUACCAACCUCACCCUAACAGACCUUAACAUAUCCCCAGUUCUUAAAACCCAUUUCCAUCACUGGACUCAACUCAGAUCAGACAGAUUAACUGUUAUCAUAUGUCAUGUGUGUAUAUAAUGUAUGAGUAAUGUUGCAUAUGCAUGCACUUACACACAUAUAUCCAGUGCAAUGCACAACAUCCAGAUCCAUACAUGCUUGUAUGGGUUGAAUGGAGUUUAUUGAGGCAGAUUUUCUAUGGCCAAAUGCUUGUCCUGUUGCCAGUCCAUACCUGUUUCCAAGCAAGGUAAUAUUUCCUCAUGGUCAGACAUGUUUCCACAGAAUAUUGGAAAUGAGUGACACUGCUUGCAUGACAGUGACACUCAUUUACAACUACCACACUGUGCCAAGACAAUGAGACACAAGUGUACUCAUACUCACAGACACACACAUAUAUAUAUGUACAUAUAUCCAAUGGGCUGCUUUUAGUUUCCAUCUACCAAAUCCAGUCACAGGGCCUUUGGCUGGCUAUAGUAGAAGACACUUGCCUAAGGUACCAUGCAGUGGGACUGAACCUUGAACCAUGUGGUUGGGAAGUAAACUUCUGAACCACACAGCUGUAGGCUCUCUACAAUAUUGCUCUUAGAUUCUGUAGACGAUGCAAGCCCUCACCUCCAGGAAGGAAUGAUCAUCAUCAUGAUACAGACACACCACACACAUGGUUAUACAUGUGCCAGAGCAGCUGUCUGGCUUCCGUGCCAGUGGCACGUAAAUAGCACCAUUUGAGUGUGAUUGUUACCAGCUUCACCUUCCUGGCACGUGAAAAGACAUUUGAGCGAGGUCGUUGCCAGUGCCACUGGACUGGCUCCUGUGCAGGUGGCACGUAAAAUACACCCAUUUUGAGCGUGGCCAUUGCCAGUACCACGUGACUGGCCCUCGUGCCAGUUGCACGUAAAAGCACCCGCUACACUCUCGGAGUGGUUGGUGUUAGGAAGGGCAUCCAGCUGUAGAAACUCUGCCAGAUCAGAUUGGAGCCUGGUGCAGCCAUCCAGUUCACCAGUCCUCAGUCAAAUCAUCCAACCCAUGCUAGCAUGGAAAGCGGACGUUAAACAAUGAUGAUGAUGAUGUCUCUUCUAUCAUUGCUGGCUAACCUUGUGUGAAAUUGUACUGAAAAUGUAUGGAUGCCCAUCAUAUAUGUUUGUGUACAAGUGUUUAUAUCCUCCUAGUUGUGUUUUAACAUUGUUUACACACUUACUAUUUCUAAGAUGAUGUUAAUAUUUACUGAUGCUUUAAAAACACAUCCAGCAAUCAUAUUUUGUUGCCCAAACAACCACUAGAAUAAGUACCUUAUUUGGAAAUAAGUAAAGGUUGGUGACAGGAAAGGAAUCCAACCAUACAGUAUUAUUUCAACAAAGUUUCAUGUAACCUAUGCCAGCAUAGAAUAAAGCAUUUGUAAAAACAACAAAAAACUGUAUGUGUGUGUAAUUUUGAAAUUGACACAAAUAGAGAUUGUCUGUCGUGCUUUAUUGUUUUGCAAAAAGGAGAAAAUAUAUGGCAACAUUUAGCUUCAAAUACUUUUAACAUUCAUUUCACCAUGCUUGCACAGGCAGGCAUAUCUCCCACCAAACUGCUUGUAAUCAGUCAUCUCCUUUAUGAGAUCGGUCUUCACAAUUCUUUGUGGAUCUCCUCUUCAGGUUAUAUCCACUUUGAUGCCCCAUGCUUUCCUCUACAGAGCUGAUAUCAUAUGCCCAUACCAGCACAGAUAUCUCUCUUGCACACUACACGGUUCAUUUUAUACAUAAUGGUUCUCUUGGCUCAUCUGCAUUCCUUUGUUCAUGCACUUUCUAGCCUUUGCAAACCCUCUACACUCAAGGCUGAUAUCUCACUACUCUUUGCAUGCCCUCUACAUUCAGGACCAGUGUUUCACUCCCAUGCAACAUUUGCAAUUCAUACUCAAGUAUGAUACAAUCUAUUUUUCACUCUGAAAGAGAAACUCUUUGUAGCCUGUAUAAUUAAGAGUUUCUAACUUUUUUUCAACCUGUUCUUACUCUAGCUCCUAUACUCUCAAAAUACCCCUGCUGCUAAUUAGAUUGAGAGUAUCUUAUUUCCCAUGUGCUCUUAUACUUAUUGUCCCUGUACAUCUGUCACAUAUGAAGUCUAUCUUUUCAUUGAUUCCACUAUGCCUCAUGUAUCCAGUCUUUACACUGGGUACACUGUAUAGAAUUUCUACCUAAUCCUUUUCUGCUUAUUGAGCAUGACUAUUUCCCUAUCAAGGCAAUGUUUUCUUUUCUACUUACUAAUACUUUAUAGUUAUUAUAUUAAUAAAAUGAUUUUUUAACUUAA